AUGGGUCGACUAGUAGAUUGUGCCAUUGUCGAGAUUUUGCAGCUGAUGAUGAGAUCAAAGACGAAUUUGAAGGAAGUGUCAAUAUUUCUUUUUGAGAAACGAUCGGCGGAAAAAUUGCACAAACCUAAGCGAAAAGAAACGGUGACUGAAAUUUUACGAGGUGGUGUUCGUCAGCUGGAACGUUUCCGACAUCCAAAAAUCUUGCAGGUGAUGCACACAGUCGAAGAAUGUUCGGAGACACUCGCAUUCGCCUCGGAACCAGUUUUGGCAAGUCUCGCGAAUGUUCUUGCGUUUCAGGAAGUAACCGCAAUCGCUAACGCACAAUCCUCAACUACGACACAGCAAAAUGUACAAGCUCGUCCGAUGUAUACGAAAGAAUAUGAAAUGCUUGAUAUAGAACUAAAAUACGGAUUAUUACAGAUAACAGAAGCUUUAUCGUUCCUCCAUUACAGCGGUCACGUUCUACACAGGAACGUGUGUCCGAGUAGUAUCUUGAUAACAAAAAAAGGCACUUGGAAAUUGGCUGGUCUUGAAUUUAUUGAACGUGUUAAUGAAAUUGAUGGUCUGGAGCCAGUUACAUGCCAUCCUUGGACGUCAAGGCUGCCUAAGAUGGCUCAGCCUAAUCUCGAUUACAUUGCUCCGGAAGUUCAACAGGACUCAAUAUGCAGCAUAUUGAGCGACAUGUUCAGCCUGGGAAUGGUCAUCUGCGCGGUAUUUAACCAAGGUCGUUCCUUGAUUCAAUCGAAUCAUAGCUGCUCUGCUUAUUUAAAGCAAAUUGAAGGCCUGGAAGAACAUGUGCACAACAUUCUACCGCGAGUUCCUGUACCUCUUCAAGAAGCUGUUGUCAGGCUUCUCCACAAAGACAGGAGGCAACGGCCUACAGCGCAACUUCUCUCGUUGAUAAAAUAUUUCAGCGAUCCAUCUGUCCAUGCCCUUCAGUUUCUCGACGUGAUAAAUAUGAAAGACCCUACACAAAAGACUCAUUUCUAUAAGAAUACUCUGAAGGAAGUGCUUCCAUAUAUUCCUAGAAAACUAUGGUACCAACAUAUUUGGCCGUACCUUCAACUGGAGUCAAAGUCUCAAGAGGUACUUGCCGCGGUGUUACAGCCCAUGCUGUACAUAAUUCAAGAUAGUACGGUUGAAGAAUACGAGUCAAUAAUACUACCGACAUUCAGAGCAGUCUUCUCGACUCCAAAAUCGAUCCAAGCUACGGUAAUAUUGUUGGAAAAUUUGCAUCUAAUAUUGGAGAAGACUCCGCGUGACGAUAUCCGAUCAGAAGUCUUGCCUAUGCUGUACGCGUCGUUUGAAAGUACAACGACUCAAGUUCAGGCCGCAGCCUUGGUCGCUGUAUCAAACGUGACCGAAUAUCUGGAUGACAUGGCCAUACGACGGAUGGUUUUACCGAAAUUGAAGGGAGUAUUUGAGAAGAAUUCAACCGACGUCAGAAUCAUGUCGAACGUUUUGUCAUGCAUCGAGUGCAUAUUGGAGCGGCUUGACAAGCAGCAAAUUAUCGAUGAAGUGCUUCCUCUGUUAUGGGAGGUCAAACUUCAGGAGCCCGAAAUUGCAAUUCGGGUUGUAAACAUUUAUAGGCUGAUGUUGAACGACAAGAAAUAUGGACUUUCAGUAAAUUUAAUGGCAACACGAGUAAUGCCGUCUUUAUUGCCUCAGACAGUGAAUCCUGCUUUAAAUUUAGAGCAAUUUACCAUCCUUCUAGAAGUGUUACAAGAAAUGCUGAAUCAUAUAGACAGAAAUCAGAGAAAUAAAUUGAAAUUGGACAAUCUGUCGCUUCCAAGUCCAGAAAGACAUCGUCCAUUGCGCCAUCAGUAUAGCUCUGAUAACAUGCACGCACCUCCAUUUAACAUUCCCAAUCUCCGGAUCGAACAGAGAAAAACAUCAUCGGCGGAAGAUAUGGCUAGAAAGAACUCAAUCGGUUCAAUGUCGAUGACUGCGUCAGCUGAAAAUAUGGCUCGAAAAAAUUCCAUGGCUGGCAUGCUUGGAAGCUGGUGGUUCGGUUCGUCGUCCUCUACAAACGACGGAAAUUUCUUGCGCGUAGCAAACGCUUUUCCGAACCGUCGGCUGUCGGACAACACCCUGAUGACGCCGAAAAUUCGCAUCGCUCCAUCUUGCGCCAGUUCACCAGGUGGUACUCCGGGAGGUGGUUUACCAAUUCGACGCCAUUCUAGCACCGGACCCCAAGAGCGGCGCGGGUCAAAUAUUAACCUUUCACCACCAACGGGUGGUGGUAUGCCGAUCACAAGUAGUAGUGUUCCGUAUCUGCUAAGUUCAAGCAUGAACAGUAUUCGUGGCACUCGGCGGCCAUCCGUGUCGUCGACAUCUUCGCAGCAAGGCAGCGGGCUGCUUCACCAGUUUGGCUCCGGCAUGUAUCAACUAUUCUCUGGACGUUCGUAAAGACGUACGUGCCAAACAGCUAUUUGUUACAUUCGUAUGGAUAUUUCAUACGAAUUCAAGUCCGAAACAACAACAUGUGAGUAAGACAUCUGAAGCAUGAAAUGAAUGGAUAGCAUAAAGCAAUAGCAAUAUAAGAUUCCCUGGAGACGGAUGAUAAAUACCCGGGAGUUAGUUUUGUAUGAUUAUUUCAUGAUUUUUUAUCAAGCGAAGAAUCGGGAGCGAAUAGAAAUAUAAUUACUUCAAUUUAAUCUUAAGAUUUUUGUCGACAGUGCUUGCCAUCACUUUUACACGUAGGAUAAGGUUGCUACCUACAUAUUUCGACAAUUUACCGAAGAAAAUUAUGUACGCUUACUAGCGAUGGUUUUAUUGAUUUUAUAACGUAAGUAAACGCAUAAUUUACAAAAUUAU